AUGGAGAACAUCGCCGCGCACUUGCGGCUGCUAAAAAUAAACCACGGAGCCGUCCGCAGGCUCUUCAAGGAGCUAAACUAUUACGAGAAAGAGGAGGGCGAGCUGCGUGCCAAAGUGGACUCCCUCAAGGACCAAAACAAGCCCACCGCAGAAAUCACCCGGGCACAGGAGAUGCUCAAGGAAACGGAGCGAGUCGUACCCCACAUAAGAUCAUCCCUCCAAAGCAGCCUAAAGAAGGUGUGUCAUAUAAUCUACGAGCAUUUUUCGGAGGUACUGCAAAUAAAUGACAGGAGGGUUCAGUUUUCUGGUACUCAUUCUGAGGACACGUUGAAGGAGGUGCUUUCGACUCACUAUGAGGAGAUCUGCAAAGAAGUGGAUGAGCUGAACGAAACAUUGGGCAAGGUCCUAUUGCACAUGAAGCAGGAUGCCCUCCCGAUGUGCACCCCACCCCCCAAAGCAGCUGUUUCCCUCUCGUGCGAUGAGCCCAUCGAGUGCGUGGACAUAUAA